AUGGCAGUAUUAUCUCUGCCGUUGUCGUUCCAAAAUUCGUUCUGGUCGCAAGACUACAGGACAGGAUUAGAGGUGCUGUACUCACAGUUGGAGAAGGGAGUGCUCGAGAAUGAAGAGGUCGUUGCUUUCGUACGCGCGCGAGCGGCAGCAGAGAGCGCACUUGCGGCGACCCUCAGCGCUGCGGGACCUGCAGGCAAGGCCUUCGCUGGCGACGACGGGGCAUCCCUCCACGUCGCGUUCCGUGGCUUGAAGGAGGAAUCCGUUGCCCAGGGCAAGGCGCAUGAGGCUAUAGCGAUCGAACUGCAGGAUGGCGUCGCUGCGCCCUUCGAAAAGUGGGCGCAUGGGUAUAGGGAUCGUCUGUGGAAUAGCAGACACAACAUGCUUGACGGGUUCAUGCACGCGUACGAAGCCGCCCAGGGUGAUGUAUCAAAGUUGAAGAAUGACUACCUCAACAAGAUGCGUCGCGCCGACGAGGCCGAGGACGACGCCCGUUUCGCGCCCAUCUCACAGCCAGUCGGCGACAAGUUCACCACAUCGCCGAGCAUGCAGCCGCGCGACAAGCCGCGCUUCCCCUCGCGCACACCGACGAUGACCGAACGUCUCUCGCAGCGUUUCAAGGAGCUCCGCCUCCAGGCUGGCCGCGCGACCUCGCCAGAGAAGCCCGAGGUGCACUUCGACGCGGGCACCGAUGUGGAGUCGGAGAAGGGUACGCCGAAGAUAGACAAGGGCAAGGGCCGUGCGCUCGAGGACGUCGCCUCGCCGGAGCGCAUGGCGUCUCCGCCGCCAAUGUCGCCCCCGCUGCCCCCUGCACGGCUGAACACCAACCCAUUGCCGCCACCCCCUGCGCCGCCCAUCCUCGUCGCCGGGCUGGAGAUGGCCCCUACGGAGCUGUCCGACCUGCUGACGCGUGCGCGGGACACGAUGCCGCUGCGCCCGGUGCGCUUCCCAUUGAUUGGCGAGUACCAGGACUGCUUCAGCGGCGAGGAGUUCGCGACGUGGUUGAAGGAGAAUGUCAAGGACUUCAGCGGCAGCCUCGACCACGCGGCGUUCGCGGCCAAGGAGCUAACGGAGAAGCACAACCUCCUCCGGCGGGUCGGCGAGUUUGGCAACGACUACGAGAAUGCUAACGAUGCAUUCUACCAGUUCAGAGCUAAGGCCUUCGAACUGGGCGCGGCCCCCGCACCCGCUGAGAACGCUGUUUCCCCGAUUCAGAAGACUCUGUCACCGAUGGCAGAGGCAGUCGCUACGCACACCACUACGUUCGCGUCGCUGGUGUCGAAGGCCCUCAAUACGAACGGCAGCGCCGAGCCGCUCCACAUCCGCACUCGUAGAGAAGCCGAGGUUGCCGACAGGGAGUAUCGCGUCGCUGUGCGCAAGCUAGACAGGCAGCGACUCGGCCUCGAGGAACGGGUCGAGGAGACUCUGAAGACUCUCCAGAAGUGGGAGCUUGAUAGGCUGCGUGCAGUCAAGACCGUCCUUCGUCAGUAUCAGACGGCCGUGUCCAAGCUUGCGAAGGCGUACGAGCCUUCCCUCGAGCGAUCGAAUGUCCUCAUCGACUCGUACACACCGGAAGCCGACCUCAAGGUCUUCAUCGAGCGACACAGGGUCGGGCCCUUCCGCCCCGAGCCGCGUGUCUACGAGUCUGUGACACACGACGAGUCCGACGUCGUGUUCGGCAUCGACCUGAGACGCUGGGCUGAUAGUGCUAUGUGGCCUGGCUUUGAGGAGAAGAAAGACAAGCCGGACAUCCCACCCGUGCUCACCCUCAUGCUCAGCUCGAUUGAUGCUGCUUACUCGAGGCUCCCUAGGAUCACGACUUGGAUCUAUGACGUGCCCCUUCCCGCGGUCCACCACAUCAGGGAAGCCCUCAACGCUAUCCCGCCUGAGCAGCCGUUCCCGGAUGACAUCUUGGCGAAAUAUGACGCCCUGUUCUGGCUGGAGCCAUCAACUGUGGGCUCUGGAGCUCAUCCCCCCGUUGGGACGUAUGAAGGCUGGGAUGAGCUGCGUAAGCUCUAUCCUACGGCAUCUGAAGAGCUUGUUGCAAAUACCCCCACUGCUGAAGCCGACGAAACUAACGAAGUCUACAUAACGAAACUUGCAUUGACGAUGGGCAGAACCAUCCUCCGACCUAAACAGGAGACCGAGUUCUCGAUCCAGGACCGUCAUCCGACUUUGUUGUUCAUGGACCUGAUCAACAAGUACGAUGCGAUUGUGCCGCCGGCCAUCGAGCGCAAGAAGCGUGAAUCGCAGCGGAAGAUGCCCGUACGGCGGCGCACGCGGCCGGUGGACAUGCGCAUGAGUCGUAGUCGGAUUUCUGCUGGUGCAGACCUGAAGGAACUGCAUGCUCAGCAGUUGGCACAGCGGUCGGGCGUGAGGCUCUCAAAGGGCUCUCCGCCUCUCCCUCCGCCCGUUCCGUCACUCCCCACGGUCCCAGCAAGCCCCAUGCCUCUCAGUCUGAAUCACAGUCGUCUUCAAUCAUGA